AUGCGGGGUCCAAUGAACAAUCCAGCAUGGAAGGAACUUGAGUAUCUCUCUCCCCUGUGUCUUUCCAACCACCUCAUCUGUCAACCUCUCAUCGCCAUGGCUCAACCAGUUGACCCCCCAGCUACGGAAUCUCUCCCACCGUAUGAAAUCCUCCACUUUAUGUACGGUGUUGGCACUUACGCCGAAUUAACUAUACUUUGCUAUGGGAAACGAUUCCAUAUCACGAUAUCCGCCGAGAAUCUUCAAGGAGAUCCCAAUGUCGAAGGCGAAUAUUUGUCUCUACUCCGCAAGCUGGAUUCGGACGAGCCAUUCGAGCAGAAUGAUGAUGUGGGCGAUCCAAUGGAAGAGCUAUGUUUCUGGAUUGCUUUCAAGUGUAACUCAGAGAUGAGAGUAUUGGGUUCCGAACGACAACCCCAACUUCACACUCUCUAUGAUUGGUUUUAUCCUGACACCCUCGUUCUUACUCCUAAAAUCAUUGAUGGGAGGCUGAAUGUGCAAUCCUCUACACCGAGUCAGCAGUUCCUGCAGGAACUUACGCCAAAUGUGGAAUUGCCCAGUUCGAUCGCAGACUUUGGGAUUCCAGUUGUUCCGCCCUCGAAAGUCUUGUUGCCACAUGGCACGGCAGGGGGAGACUUACCGCAACGACCAACGAAGGUAUUCAACGAGCGUGGAAUGCCACGUUUUUCAAAGCAGCCCAUGUCAGUGAAAACGCAAAUCGAGAAAUAUCAGUAUUGCUCCGUAUUCAGAAACUCGGCCUGUCGUGCAUUAUCCGUGCGCCAACGAUACAUGAGUUCGUGGAUUUUCAAAGCGGUACAUCCAGGAUAUCAGGAAUUUUGA